AUGCAAGUGAAGCAGCAGAACGCCAGGAAGGAGAAGACCGAUGUGGAAGGAACCUUAUUUGUUUACACAAGGUCUGCUUCUCCAAAGUAUGGGUUCACCAUUAUGAAUAGGCUGAGCAUGGAAAAUAGGACAGAACCCAUUACUAAAGACCUGGAUUUCCAGCUCCAGGACCCUUUCCUUCUCUACAGAAAUGCCAGAUUGUCCAUUUAUGGAAUUUGGUUUUAUGAUAAGGAAGAAUGCCAAAGAAUUGCAGAACUUAUGAAAAACCUAACUCAGUAUGAACAAUUGAAAGCCCAUCAAGAAGCUGGAGCAGGAAUCUCUCCAAUGAUCCUCAGUUCAGGAGAGGGGAAGGAAGUAGAUAUCUUACGAAUGCUCACCAAGGCCAAAGAUGAAUAUACAAAGUGUAAAACCUGUUCUGAGCCAAAACAGAUAACCAGUUCAUCUGCCAUUUAUGACAACCCCAAUCUCAUCAAACCCAUUCCAGUGAAGCCCAGUGAAAACCAGCAGCAGCGCGUACCUCAGCCCAGCCAGACCUUAGACCCUGAACCCCAACACUUGUCCUUGACAGCACUCUUUGGGAAGCAGGACAAAGCUACAUGUCAGGAAACUGUGGGGCCUGCCCAGACCCUCCACCAGCAGCAGCAAGAGAAACUUCCAAUUCGGCAGGGGGUUAUCCGUUCCCUGUCCUAUGAGGAACCCAAAGGACACUCACCCCCCACCGAGAAGCAGCUGUGUCCAGCCAUCCAGAAACUCCUGGUCAGGAGUGCAGACCUCCACCCAUUGUCAGAGCUGCCUGAAAACCAGCCCUACAAAAAUGGCAGCGAGCCUCCUGCUGGGGAGGACUUUACUGGACCUGUCCUCCUGGGCUCUCCCCAGAGCUUUGGGACGUCCCAUCGAGUCCAUGGUGCUUCCAGAACUCAGAACCUGCUGGAGAAGCUCCAGAGCACCCCAGGGGCAGUGAACAAGUACGACCCUGGUGCACCAGCACCUGCCGGCCCAGCAGCCCUGAGCUUCACAGCCCUCCCUGCUGCCACCCCUGCAGCUCCAGUAAAGGCGGUGGCUCAGCCGCCACUGGUACAUUUCAAUGGCUCCCUUCCACCUCAGGCACUAGGACAUCAGGCUCAUGAAAAAGAUCAGUCCACGUGCCCCAGACAAAUGCUCGCCCUUUCUGGCAGUCAGACUAGUGGUUCUGGAGUGAUCUCCCCUCAAGAGUUACUGCAAAAGCUUCAGCUGGUGCAGCAGGAGCAGCAGCUGCACAUGUCUAACCGGCCAGCCUUGGCAGCGAAGUUCCCUGUGCCAACUCAGAGCUCUGGAGCAGGGAAGCCCUGGGAACCCUGGGUUGACAAGACAUCCAGCACGGAAAAGCAGACUCCCCUUUUCCAGGUCAUCUCACCUCAGUGCAUCCGUGCUACAGUUGCUCCUUCUCUGCUCAUGUCCCCCAUGGUGUUCACACAACCCACCUGUAGCCCAUCAAAGGAGAGGGACAGUGGGCUCUUGUCCCUGGGAAGCCAGAAACCAGCUGCCGCCUCCACCAGCCUCUUCCUGCCUCUGCAGAGCCCAGAGCCCUCUGUACUCAGCCCACUUACCAAGCUGCAGCUUCAGGAAGCACUGCUGUUCCUCAUUCAGAAUGACGACAACUUCUUAAAUAUAAUCUACGAAGCUUAUCUCUUCAACAUGACACAAGCAACCAUGAAAAAGACUAUGUGAAAGCAAAACAUUUAAGAACUGAUUCUCAAGGUCCUCUAGCUCAAGGUUUUUUCCUGUUAAGUGUUGUUACCCUAAAUGUUUCUGCCUUUUUAUAAACAAGAAGUAUGUGUAAUAUGAA